GUAUCGAUCGCUGGCAGCUCGUCACGUCCACAGAUAUGCGGUGGAGCCAGCGGGACAGGAUCGUCCUUCCGUCACAGAGACUGAGGAGGGUGUGACGUGUUUAGGACUCGCCGACUUGUCAUCCAACAUGUCCUUCAUCCGAGUCCUUACGUUGUUCCAUGUUGUCAUUUCUCCGACAGCAACCGCAGCGGCAAGGGCAACUUACCGGGUCCGACCAGAAUCCACCGCCGUCCUCAUCAACCGCACGGUCUCCCUCCGCUGUGCUUUCGACGGUCUGUCCGCCAAGGACCAGGUCAACUGGUACUGGUACAACCCACGGUCCGCCGCCAAACUCUACCACAUCUCGUCGGGGUUGAACGUGGCACCGGAGUUUCCGAGAUAUCUAAUCGCCGGGAACCAAAAGAAAGGCGAAUUUCAUCUGAAGAUUCAGAAUGCCCUGCCUGAAGACGAGGGGAACUACAGGUGCAGCGUCUUCUCCGUACGGGAUGCUGGAGACGCCAAGUUAACCGUAGUAGGCAAGUACAUGCUUAUUGUAUAG